AUGGCCAUGACCUUCAUCUCGAAGCUGGAUCUUCAGGAAAUCCUCCAAACUUUCUCUGUUUUGCAGUGGGUUCCAUGCUUUGCCAUUUUAGGAACUAUUCCUAUUAUCCUGAUACCCUACUUUCUGGUGUUCACUAAGUUCUGGCUGGUGUCCGUGUUUGCCUUAGCCUGGCUCUUCUAUGAUUGGAACACUCCCAGUCAAGGUGGUAGGCGUUCAGAUUGGAUACGGAACUGGACCCUCUGGAAGUACUUCCGAAAUUACUUCCCAGUAAAGCUGGUGAAGACUCAUGACCUCUCUCCCAAACGCAACUAUAUCAUUGCCAACCACCCCCAUGGCAUUGUCUCUUAUGGCAUCUUCGUCAACUUUGCCACUGAGGCCACUGGCUUUGCUCAGCUUUUCCCAGACAUCACUCCUUAUGUAGGGACCUUGGAAGUGACCUUCUGGAUCCCAAUUUUGCGAGAAUAUGUCAUGUCGAUGGGUGUGUGCCCAGUGAGUGAGUUGUCCUUGAAGUAUUUGCUGACCCAGAAAGGCUCAGGCAAUGCUGUGGUGGUUGUGGUGGGUGGAGCUGCUGAAGCCCUCUUAUGCCGGCCAGGAGCCUCUACCAUUCUCCUUAAACCACGUAAAGGUUUUGUAAGGUUGGCACUGGAGACAGGAUCAUACCUUGUCCCUUCCUAUUCCUUUGGAGAGAAUGAGGUUCUCAAUCAAGAGAGCUUCGCUGAGGGCUCGUGGAAAAGCUUCUUCCUAAAAAUCUUACAGAAGGCGUUAAAAAAAUUCAUGGGACUAACUUUCUGUAUCUUCCAUGGCCGGGGCCUUACUAAAGGAUCCUGGGGCUUCCUGCCUUUCAAUCGGCCCAUUACCACUGUUGUUGGGGAGCCCCUGCCAAUUCCUAAGAUCGAGAAGCCAACUAAGGAAACAGUGGACAAGUACCACGCACUCUACAUCAGUUCCCUGCGCAAGCUAUUUGACCAGCACAAAACUCAGUAUGGCCUCUCUGAGACCCAAGAGCUGACAAUCAUAUAACAGGAGCUGGAUUCUCCAUUAUUAAACACCCAAAGUAUUGUGGGAUCCAAGUAAGGCCACGUAGGGGGAAGAAUCUGGGGAGAGGGGAGGAUCUCAGGGUUGAGUGAGCAGGUCAACAAGGCCAGAAAGUACUUAAUGAAUCAGGUUUAGGGGAAGGAACCAGUGGGACAGGGAAGACUGGGUAACAACCUAGUUUAGCAAGCAGAAUCUUGUGAGCCCACAGAUCUUUAUGGCCCCCUGACUCCAGUCAAUUCUGAUCAGAGGAAUAAGAAGCCAAAGAACACUGUGCACUUUCUUCCUGAGCUUUAGUGACACCAUGACUAUUAAGGUUGAGGCUUAGAAGCCUUGUUGAGAACAAGGGUGGUUUGUUUCCUCCUCAGUCCUUUCCUUACAAUUUGGGGGACACCACAAAGCAAACCAGGGACCUGAACUGUGCUUCCCUGAUCCAAGUGGACUAGAUUCCCUCAGCUGUGAUGCAGUGGCAAAAACCUUAUUAAAAAUAUUUAUGCUAUCUUGGAGUUUUUGUCAUGGC